GUACCCGGACCAUCGAAACAAACAUUCUUCAGUCUGAUCUUGAGAUCAAGGCACUCUUCCAUUCCCAUCUCAAGAACCAAUCAAGGAAAGAAAUCAAUGGCACUGAGGAGAAUAAUCAAGGAGCUCAAGGACCUUCAGAGGGAUCCGCCGACUUCCUGCAGCGCUGGGCCUGUGUCUGAUGACAUGUUCCACUGGCAAGCAACAAUCAUGGGGCCCAAUGACAGCCCCUACUCUGGGGGAGUCUUCCUGGUGACAAUCCAUUUCCCUCCUGACUACCCAUUCAAGCCUCCAAAGGUGGCAUUCAAGACCAAGGUGUUCCAUCCAAACAUCAACAGCAAUGGCAACAUCUGCCUCGACAUCCUCAAGGACCAGUGGAGCCCAGCUCUCACCAUCUCCAAGGUUCUUCUGUCGAUCUGCUCGCUGCUGACGGAUCCUAACCCGGAUGAUCCACUGGUGCCGGAGAUCGCGCACAUGUGCAAGACUGAUCGCCUCAGAUACGAAUCCACCGCAAGGGGCUGGACGCAGAAGUACGCCAUGGGCUAGCUUACCUGCAACUGCAACUGGAUUUGUAUGCAGGAACACCCCUCCAAAAAAAAUUCACCAUUUCGAUCAGAAUUCAGCGAUAUGGAUUCUGUCGUGAGCAAGGAUAAUAGUUCUUGCUUUCGUUAGGUCUACUGUUGCAAUCAUAAUCAUAACUGUCAUCUUGUUCUUCUUCUUAACCUAUUAUUAUCAACAUCAUCGUCUUCUUGAUGAGGAAUAAAAGCUACAGUUUUGAAGAAA